GAGAGAGAGAGAGAGCGAGCGAGAGAGUGAAAAUUAACGGAAUAAUGUCAUGUUACCAGUGCACGUUUACAGAACGUUUGGAUUUUUGGAGCGGUUUUAAAAUGGAUUAACUGAUUCGGUGGUAGUAACUUCUUUACACCUGGAUUGAACUCUGUCGAUAGUUUGGAUUAUGAGGAUAACUGGCGCCACAAUUUACCAUUGAGAAGCAGCAAUACUGCACUGGAGAAAGCAACAAGGUAGAAAACACAAGCACAGUUAUCCAAGGUACUGUAGCCCUCAAAAUCUAGGAGAUAUGAGGGAACUUUGUAUCUGGAUUCUGAGAGUUUCUAUGCUUCUGCUGCUGCUCAAGACAUAUCCCCUGGAUUGCCAGCUCACUACAGACCACAGGAAGGUUCCUCAAAGGGCAGACCCCCAGCAGCAGGAGGCUGGAGGAGUGCAGGGUGGGGCCCCAGGCUCCUGGGGCUCCUGGGGGCCUUGGUCCUCCUGCUCCCGCUCCUGUGGGGGAGGGGUUCAGGAACAGAACCGACCCUGCCUACCCUCCCACACCCCCUCCAUGGGUGCUGUUGCCUACCCCUCCAGGCCGGAUGGCCACCACCUCAACCAGAACCCAGGCCAUGUAGUGUCUGCCCUAAGACCCACUGUCCCGCUGCACCGCACCAACCCUGGGAGACCCCCACCCUCCAACAGCAACACCAGCUUGGCCAGCCGAGGGGAGCUGAGGGACCAGCAGAGAGACAGAGAGGCCAAUGCUGGACGCAGGUACAGUAUCUAUCACACCAUACAGACAAGGGCCUGUCUGUCUUUCAGUCUGACCUGUGUUUAAUGUCCUG